AUGACGUCAUAUCAGCCGGACCUCACUUGGGAUGAAGAAGUUGUAGGCUACAAGAAGCAUAUGCUUCAUUGGAUGUUCCGGAGAGCACUUCAGGCACUUCUUAUGAAGCGUCUAAGUCAUAUUGAGUAUCGGGAAGCUUGUAACGUCCUAAGACGAUAUCUUCUUGCACCCGAUUUUGGUUUCUCGGAGAAGAAACCAGACCUCAAGGACUACAGACAGAUGAUAAAUUUAGAUCCAUGUGAUUGCACGACUCCUGAACCAGAGCAGAUGGAAGAGAGUGUACAAUCAGAAGAAAUACAGAUUGGCGAAGGUUCCAACUAUCAAAUCUAA